AGAGCCUCACGUCGGCGCAAUCCCUUCCCUUCCUCGUGUCAAAUAACGCAUUACAUCGCCGGCUCAGUGUCGCACAUUAGUUCCAUUCGUUGUGUUAACUUUCGAUACGAUAGCACCGAGACAUCUCUCAUCCGGCUGCACUGCAUUUCACUAUUCCUCGUCUGUUCAUCGUAAAAGAUUUUGAGAUAGCGAGUGAUAAUUUCGACUGAAGCGAAAAACUCUUCCGUUGGAUUUACGUUAAGAAGAACUGAAAAGUUGUCUCUCCAUCAAAAACGGAAAAAAUGGCAGCAGCUCAGGUAUCAUUUCCGCAGAUUGAGGUGUUCAAUCGUGUACUCGGAUUACCGGUUGUGGAGCAAGCAAUAGCUGUAUCAGCGUCGACUUAUUCACGCGUUAAAGACUCGAAUCAGCUUCUUCACUGGGUACUAUCAACAGCUGAAAAUUCAAUUAGCGAUGCUACGAGACGGGCAGCGCCCUUUGCAGCUCCAAUUGCCAUGAAGUUCGAGACACCAAUUCACUUUGUUGAUGAUAAAUUGUGCAGGGGUCUCGAGAAAAUACAGGAGAAGGUGCCGAUUGUCAAUGAGACCCCCGAACAUAUAUUGGAGAAAGGCUAUAUGUUCGCCUUACAAACAGUGCAGCCAGCGGUGUCGAGGAUCUCAUACGCCAAUGCCCUGAUAAUCUCCCAGGCAAACUCCCUCAAAGAAUUGAGCUGGAACAAAGCUAAUCAAAUAUUGGGUAGUUACUACGGCACAGUAGCAGUCCAUCGACUGGACAGUACUGCAUCGGUAGUGGAUAAACUCAUCGACAGAUACUUUCCACCGACUGGAGCGGAGAUCGUCGAAGAGCCCGCGUCAGCCGAGGAGGAUGCCCUCCUCCACACCCUCCAGACAGUUGGAAGACUGUCGAAUAAAGCGGCACGUCGAGUCUACGGCAACGUUGUCUACAAUCUUCGUACCAUUAACAAAGACAAAGUGAGAACAUACAUCAACAAUGUUGUCGAAUUUCUGCAAAUUGCCCGGUACCUCCACGCUGUGAACGAGAAAGUGCAUCAGUUCACUACUCCCAUGAAGGAUUCAUCCCAGAAGAAAUUGUCAGAGUCCAACGGCCACGCCAAGGGCGACUAGAGACACCCUUCCAUUCAUCGACAAGAAAGAUUCAUUUUUACUAUGAAAAGGAAUCAUGUGAUGAAAGUUAUCAUUGUUUCAUACUUUUAUAGUUCUGUUUGUACGUUAUGUAUAGUUCAUAUCAAUUCAAAUUGUAAAUUGGAGGAAAACAGAAAAAGAUUAGUCACUCUUUUCUGAAAAUUGUUAUGAGAAUUUGUUGUGAAAAUUGAUUAUUGAUUUGAAAAAUUGUUUGUUGAUGUUUAGUAUUGCCUCGUACGAGAUCAAUUAAUACAAUUGUAAAUUGAAAAAAAUGAAAAAAGACUAAUCACUCUUUUUUUAAAGAUGGUCGUGAUUUUUUUUGAAAAUUGAUCAUUGAUUUGGGAAAUUGACUGUUCGAUUCUAACGCAUGCGUUCACCUAGAUGUUUAGUAUUAUUUUGUAUGAGAUUGUAAAUUAAUAAUAAAGAUAUACUGAUGUCAUAA